AUGGAUGACAUUUCAGUCAACCCUGCCGCGUCGGAGAAUGUCCAGUCUAUGACUGGAUCGGACGCUGCUGCGGAUGCAUCCCACGCUGCAAGUGGCUCUGAGGCGCAAUCACGCCAGGAGUCGCCCGAGAAGAAGGCUGAGAAAACCGCCGGAUCUGAUAACCCCCUCGAUGCUCCUGCUUCUCCUAAACCCCAGAAUGGCGAUGCUGAGCCGGAGGACGAGGAGAUGGGUGGUACCGAGACAGACGCUAAGCGCGAUACAGAGGGCUUGGAGGAUGCUGCAGGAGAGUCGCAACCCCCCGCUGAUGCCACCGAGGGUCUUGAAGAUGCUGUGGGUGAAGACCAACCCGCACCGACCAAGUCAUCCUUAGAGGCUUCUGCCCGUAACCACCUUGCUGUACAAACACACGCCAUCAUUCUCCCCAGCUAUGCUAGCUGGUUCGAUAUGAACACCAUCAACAAAAUCGAGAAGAAGGCACUUGCAGAGUUCUUCAAUGGCCGAAACCGCAGCAAGACUCCGGCUACAUACAAGGACUACCGUGAUUUCAUGAUCAACACCUACCGAUUGAACCCUAUCGAAUAUUUGACUGUGACCGCUUGCCGUCGCAAUCUUGCUGGUGAUGUCUGUGCGAUUAUGCGGAUUCACUCGUUCUUGGAGCAGUGGGGUUUGAUCAAUUACCAGGUUGACCCUCAAACUCGACCAUCCAACAUUGGCCCGCCAUUUACCGGCCACUUCCGUAUUAUUGCAGACACUCCUCGUGGCUUGCAACCCUUCCAGCCCGGCCCCCACCCUUCAGUCUCUUCUGGCAAGCCUCUCCCGGCAACCGAUCGCGCCGCCUCUGCUACUCCCGCAAUUAAGGCCGAUCUCAGUCUCGACCUCCGCCGUAAUAUCUACGAUAACAAGGGCAAGGACGUGACCCCAUUCUCGGACAAGGAAAAGCAAACUAACGGCGACACGAACGGAACCGAGUCUCAAGAGUCUCGGAAGAAGUCUCACUGCUUUUCUUGCGGUAUUGAUUGCACACGACUUCGGUUCCAUUAUGCCAAGGCUGCCCCAACCUCAGCCAAUGCCAACGCCCCGAACACAAAAUAUGACAUGUGCCCUAACUGCUUCCUCGAAGGCCGUAUGCCUUCCAGCCAUAACGCCUCAGACUUCGUCAAGCUGGAGGAUAAAGCACACACCCACGUGCCUGACAAGGAUGCGCCCUGGUCGGACUCUGAGCUGCUGUUGCUCCUGGAGGCCUUGGAGAGCUUUGAUGACAACUGGGAGCAGAUUGCCAACCACGUGGGUACUCGGACUAGUGAGGAGUGUGUGAUGAAGUUCUUGCAGUUGGAGAUUGAAGACAAGUACCUUGAAGACUUGCCUGAUCUUCGCUCCGGCCCCGGUCGGGAGCCGAUCAGUGCGACAGAGAACCCCGUGCUUUCUGUGGUUGCAUAUUUGGCUCAGAUGGCAGAGCCCACGGUGGCUGCCGCCGCCGCCGGCCGUACUGUCGAGGAGAUCCGCAAGGAGCUCCGCAGUCAGCUGGAGAAGGGAGAUGGCAAGGGCGAGGAGUCAGUCAAGGCUGAAGAUUCGAUGGAUGUUGAUCCCAUACGCCAAGCUGAGCAGGCUGAGAAGCCCAAGGAGUCGCUGGCCACCGUUACUCUGGCAGCAUCUGCUGCCCGCGCCAGUGCUCUUGCUUCACACGAAGAGCGUGAAAUGACUCGGUUGGUUGGAGCUGCGGUAAACGUAACUCUGCAGAAGUUCGAGCUCAAGUUGCAACAGUUCAACGAGAUGGAGGAGAUCAUCGAAGUUGAGCGUCGGGAGCUGGAACAGGCACGCCAGCAGCUCUUCCUGGACCGCAUGGCUUUCAAGAAGCGCGUCAAGGAGGCACAGGAUGCUUUGCAGGCCGUCAGUCUCCAGGGUCCCAGCGAGCACACCAACACUAUGCUCGCGAGUGCCGCCAAUGCUGGUAUUGGUAACCACUACAACUUCCAGCCCAUUGGCGGAGACGCCCGUGCUGGUGUUCAGCCCUUGAGCGCUGAGACAGGUGCUGAUUUCAAAACCCUCGAACUGUAA